GUAGAUUUGAAGUGCGCGAAGAGCAUGCUUGCGGUCGUCCACGAGUUCAAGAAGAUCCUCCGCAAGAGGUCGCAGGGCAUGACAGGGCCAAGGCCAUGGGUCGUUCAGUUUCCAUUGGACCCCAAGGAGCUGAACGUGUAUGAGACGGCGUUUGAGGGUGACCCGCCUGUCCGGCUUGACGAAACGAAGUUGUUGCAAGUUCAUCAACAAAUGGUUUGUCGGAAGAGCCACGGCUUGUACAAAGCCGAGUUGCAGAAAGAUGGUGAACCGCUUGACCAACAAUUGGUCCCGGCAAAAGCAGCCGCCAAGCAGGCUCAGCAGUCCAUGCCACCAAUGAUGCAGCAGAUGCUGCAGUUUGCCAGCAUGAUGCAGCAAAUGGGUUUCUUCCAAGGGGGUGGCUCUGGAGGGACUUCAUCGUCAUCAGCUCAUGUGGAAUCGCCGCCUGAAACAAAGACUCCAGCCUUGUCACCGCCAUCCAAUAUGUCACCACCAUCCAGCUCUCAAAAGGCCGCUGCAAAAGAGUUAUGUGAGGAGAAGACCUCCCCACUGCUUCCAAAGCAGCUUGAGAAUGCUAGUGCUUCCACUCCAAAUGGUUCCCCAUUGGUGAAACCUCCGAUUCAUGACAUGACCCCAGAAGAACAGGCGGCGUUGCUAGAGGAAGCUCAAGAGGAGCGUGCGCUGAAGCGUCCGGCUACGAAGAAGGCAAAAGCUGAGCCAAAAAAAAAGCCAAAGACUGAGCCAAAACCAAAGGAAAAGAGCGCUGCAAAGAAUCCAGUUUCAGUGGAGAAGUGCGAAGGACAACCGUGGGAAAUACACACGGUGACCCGCCCUACUGGCCAGAAAGACAAACACUACGUUCACCUGAAAUCAGGUGAGCGUUUUCGCAUGAAGUGUGAGGCCAUUGCACGUGGCUUCAAGGAGUGA